CCACCUGUGCCCAGCAGUGCACCCACCUGUGCCCAAUUUGCCACCUACCUGUGCCCAGAAGUGCCACCUACAUGUGCCCAGCAUUGUGCCACCCACAUGUGCCCACCCACCUGUGCCCAUCAGUGCCACCCACCUGUGCCCACUCACCAGUGCUGCCCACCAGUGCCACCCACCAGUGCUGACAGUCAGUGCCCAGGGGUUGUGCCAGUCAGUGCCGCCAGUCAGUGCCCAGCAGUGAUGCCAGUCAGUGCCGUCUAUCAGUACCCAUCAUCAGUGUCACCUAUCAGUGCCGCCUAUCAGUGCUGC